GUGUAACUUGACAGUGGCAGCGACUGUAGCAGGCGGGCUGCGGACUGUCGGACUGACCUGAGGACGGAUUUAACGAGAGACACUGUGGACGUUAUCUCAACACGGUUUAUUUGCUAUUAUCCUUUAUCCUUUAUCUCGGCGUAGCCUCUUCGGGGGUUAAAUAAGGAGACAUCCUGGAAGCACCCGGAGAACCGCGGAUAUCUACGCGGCAUGGAUGCUUCGUGACCCGCGGCAGGUGUGAAGAGAUGCCGGGGGAGCCGCCGGCGGGCACCGGCCGGGUGGUGCUGGUGAAGAAGAUCGUCAUGAAGGACGGAGCUGCGCUCCAGCAAGGUAUCGGCAGGCCCAGCGUGUAUCAUGCGGUGGUGGUGAUCUUCCUGGAGUUCUUCGCCUGGGGAUUACUCACCACGCCCAUGCUAACUGUUUUACAUGAAACAUUUCCACAGCACACGUUCCUGAUGAACGGACUCAUUCAGGGUGUGAAGGGUCUGCUGUCAUUCAUGUCUGCUCCUCUGAUCGGCGCGUUGUCGGACGUGUGGGGGAGGCGGUCCUUCCUGUUGGUCACUGUCUUCUUUACCUGCGCUCCGAUCCCUCUGAUGAGACUCAGCCCCUGGUGGUACUUCGCCAUGAUCUCCAUGUCUGGAGCUUUUUCUGUCACCUUCUCAGUCAUCUUCGCCUACGUCGCUGAUGUGACGGAUGAAAGAGAGAGGAGUACAGCAUACGGUCUGGUGUCGGCUACGUUCGCAGCCAGCCUCGUGACGAGUCCAGCCAUCGGGGCGUACCUGUCGGCCUGGUAUGGAGACAACCUGGUGGUUCUGUUGGCCACACUGAUCGCUCUGGCCGACAUCUGCUUCAUCCUGCUGGCUGUGCCCGAGUCUCUGCCGGACAAGAUGAGGCUCAACACCUGGGGGGCGCCUAUAUCCUGGGAACAGGCCGACCCAUUCACUUCUCUGAGGAAGGUGGGUCAGGACUCGACGGUCUUACUGAUCUGCAUCACUGUGUUUCUUUCUUACCUGCCGGAGGCCGGACAGUACUCCAGUUUCUUCCUCUACCUGAGACAGGUUAUAAAUUUCUCCUCCACAACCAUCGCUGUCUUUAUUGGAGUAGUGGGAAUUCUGUCUAUUGUAGCACAGACUCUCUUACUCACCCUGCUGAUGAGGACUCUGGGUAAUAAAAACACUGUUCUGUUGGGUUUGGGCUUCCAGAUCCUUCAGCUGGCCUGGUACGGCUUCGGAUCAGAGCCAUGGAUGAUGUGGGCGGCUGGUGCUGUGGCAGCGAUGUCCUCCAUCACCUUCCCAGCUGUCUCUGCUCUGGUGUCACAGUCCGCUGAUCCUGAUAAACAAGGUGUGGUCCAGGGGAUGAUAACAGGGAUCAGAGGUCUGUGUAAUGGUCUGGGUCCAGCUCUGUACGGAUUUAUCUUCUUCCUCUUCAACGUUGAGCUCAACAGCAUGGACCCCAUCCAGGGAGACUUUAACAUUGACCCCCUGCCUCUGCACAGUCCCACAGAGCGAGCGCUCAUCCCCGGCCCACCCUUCCUGCUGGGGGCGUGUACCGUGGUAGUUGCCUUCCUUGUUGCGCUCUUCAUCCCUGAGAAACCCUCCUGCUCAUCCUCUUCCUCCCAGCUGUCCCUCAGCGACAAGCCCCACCCAGACAGCAAAGAGUCCAUGUCCUCGCUAGCAGGCGUCCACAUCAACACGCCCCUCCCGGGCAGCGACGAGGAGACCCCUCCCACCGCCAGCGACGAGGACUUUGAGCCGCUGCUGCAGGACAGUAUCGUUUGAUGGACAGGUGGAAGGACCACAGAGGGUGGGGCUUCCAAAGUGGUUUGAUUGAUUGACAUUUUGUUACAAAAAGAAACGGUAACACAUUUUCUUUGCCGUAGGGCGGGACUAUGUGUACUUUUAUUGUCAGAAGAUUGCUAUUGAUACCAAGAAGCUCCAAUAGCAUUGUUUCUUUGCCAGAAGGCAGUACUCACGUAUUACUUCACCGACCAGGGGCAGAGGCAGUAACGUCUUCUGAGCGACCAAUAAGGAUGUUUCUUUUACAAGGAGGCGGGAGCAAAGAGCUGCAUAUAAGAUGUCAUUUGCUCAAUUUGACAGAAGAGACGGAGACGAUUAUUUGACUGACAGAGAGACGGUGGAGCCAACAGGGACCACACAGUUUAAAUGGAAACCAUCGUUUGAUUGACAGGACGAGGGGCCAACUGCGUUUUUUUAUGGAUUGGGCUAGCCCAGUUUUGGGAUACACCCACAUAAAGUCCCCAGAAAGUAAAGUAUUUUUGAGGUUUUAAUGGAAGGAUUUUUGUUCAUCUUUAAGCUUGAAGUUGUUGAUUGUUUUUGUGAUAAACAAAAAAAGGUGUUUCUACCUUCAGCUGUAUCAUUUUGAAGCCGUAUUUUUAUGAUGUGAUUAUUUCUUAUUGGUUAUUGUACAAAAGAAACAUGUCUGCAACAUAUUUACAGCAGCCAAAACAUCAGUGUUGAUUUAUACUGCUUUUUUGUUUGUUUUUUUGUUGAAGAAGAACAGUUUUUUUGACAGGGUUAAGGGAUUUUUAUUCUUUCUAAGUGUACAGUAUCUAACCUGCUACGAGCUAACGAUCGCUAACAAGGUACGAAUGUGAUGAGCUGAGAGAUGAGAGCCACAUAAAAUGUCAAAAUAUCAAUUUUAAUUGUCAUUUCUAUAGAGAUUUUAACUUCCAUCAUCCAAAACAAGAUAGAAGGAAAUAUUUUAGGCAAUGCAUUGCUAACAUACAUAGGUUUAUUGUAUAUAUUUUAGAAAAUUAUUAAUGAUGAGAGUAAAAUAACCAAACACCUCACUGGAUAGUUUUUAAUUUCACCGGGUAGUGUCCCCGUUUGUCACUCUACCUCAGGUCAUCGUGUUUUUAAAUCAACCUGGAUUUACUCAUUCUGUCACAUCUGUUUUAUUUUUAUAUCAAAGUCACUUUAUGGAAGUGCUGCUGGCUGCUGGCAGUGGGGAAACCUCAGAGCUGCGACGUUCAGCGUGUUGGCGGUCCAAGCACCAACAGAGUUUGAGCUAUAUUGUUUAUGGUUCUAAUAAUUCUCUGACUUUUAUUUUUAAUUUCAAUACAGUUAACAAUAGAGCCUCUGAUUUAGAACGCGAUGAAGUCAUGUUGUCCUCACAUUUUUUCUCAGGAUUACGUUCUUUAAAUUUGACACAUUUUGGUGUCUAUAUCAAUUUGGUUCUAAUUGAACAACAGGUGGCAUUUCUAAGUGAAAUCUGCAUUUGGCUAACUUCCUGACUUACAGUUAGCAGUCCCUUCCCGCCUCCCACAUGACCACACUAAACUUCUGCUUCCUGCCCUUAAGGACCGCCUCUUUGUGGAGUUCUUUCUCCUGAUUGGAUAAAGUGGGACCAGGAUACCAGAAACUAUUCUCUGUUUACUGCAGAAAGGAGGGACUGGGAGACCCGUGUUAGUGACUGAACACUAUAUCAGUGAUGGCUGUCAGAUUUUAGAGCUAUUUAACACCUAUUUAACUAAAAAAUAUCACGUAGAGCACCUUUAAUUAUAAUAUUUAAGGUCCUGGUCACCAGGGGAUUCUCAAAAUGGCACCAGAUUUGGAACGCACAUCCUGUAUAUCCAAUUGCACAAUAGCUUGCACAACCUCCAGUAUUGUAAUACCAAACUCAAGAAAAUCAAAUUUUAUUUAUUUAUUUAUUUUUUAAACAAAGCUGUAUCAGAACUCUCUACGGUGCCAUGCGGCCAUCUAGUGGUGCUCCGGAAUGUAGGUUGAGAAAUGCUGCUUGGUGGCAGCACGACACCCUGACGGUGUGCCUUCGAUCCCGAGUUGCUCUGGGUGCUUGGACCGCAGUGUUCUUCCUUUGCGAGUUUAGAUUUCAUUGUGAGGUCGGCUGAUCCUUUGCUGUAUUAUUUUCAAAAACAAAAUGGAGCUCAGCUGGAAAGCCAUUUGUUGGAUUUUUAAACAAACAUGUUGCAGAUGUGAGGUUUUUCCCCUGAAAGUAGUGAUAUUUCUGUGAAUGAACCUAUACUUGAAGCAUCAGAAAGAGAUUUUAUGAGAGCUUUAGAGAAGCUUUAGGAACGAAUGCUGAAGAGUUUAACAGUAUAUAUAACUGGCACAGAGUGUACAUAGUUAUUUGCUUUAUGACCUUAAAAUGUAAAUGUACAUGUGAAUGAUAUUAUAGUUUGUAUAUACUGUAAGUGAAAUGUGGGAUUGCCUUGGUUAUUGUGGUUGAUAUGGAGGUUUUCCUUCAGUGUUCAGUCCUGUGUAGCUUAAUGGCACCAACGCAGUCUGGGUUGGGGGUUCAGUUCCUGUGCAGACCAUCAGUCAUUCUGCUUUGGGUUUUUUGGGUUUGUUCAGAUUAGACUAUGAAACAAACAAUAUCCCCCUUGUUUCCUGCAUUUACACCUGAGUAUGUUUACAUGCACACUGGUAUCCUGAUAGAGAAACUGGUUAUUUGUAUCCUUGUAACUCGUCUACUCUUUUUUAUAACAUUUGAAAGGUGCUAGAUCAGAUCAACUUAUCUGCAGUUUGUUCUCGUACAAACUUUAACAGAUCUGCAUUUCAAUGAUUUCUCUAAUCUAGUCUGUUUUUGCUCUUUUAUUAACUAAAGCUUGCAGUUUCUUUUCAUUAUCAUGACAAGGACAGCUGUUUUUGCUGUUGUUGUCGUUUAAGAUUGAAUGCUUUUUCACCAGUUGAAAUAACCAAAACCACAUCAUUUAUGCUCCUGAAAACCAGGGUGAGUGAUAAUCCAGGUUUGUGUAGCCAGGAUUUGAUGUCUGUUUGAGGCUUUGUAUACUCCAAAUCCCAGAUCAUAAGUAGGAUAUUAGUGUGAAUGUGAACACUCAGUUAGUUCAGCAGAAACUGAAACUGACUCAACAGUGUAAAUGUUGCACAUGGACUGGAUGUAUGUAUAUGUGAAGAAAUGAAAUGUACAUGGGAUUUCACUGUAAAUACACUUUGUCUGUUGUCUUGUCUGGAAGUGUACCAGCCAGUUGUUGGUUAUUGGAAAUUAAAACAGAACAACACUUGG